GCAAGUUCGAUGGCAUAAUGGCCUGUCGCCAGCCGUUCGCCUCUGGCUUCGACAUUGCGACGGUCACCCACUUCCACGCAGCUUACGACAUUCAUAUUUGUACUUGAGCACUGCGACAGAAGCCAAUCUUCCGGGCCGUUUUGCGUAACAAGCUUUCUUGCAUACAACCUGUCGUCUGCAAGCUCCUGGUCAGCAUCGCUACUGCGGCACACUCCCUCUGCGUGACAUACGGCGCCGAUCCUGCGUCUUUCGUUUCUGUCGCUUGUGUCUCAAUAGCGCAUAGGUUAGCUGCAGCUGCUAUUACGAGGUGGCCCUGCAACCGCUGAGCAGCCAUCAGGACAUUCUUCGUCUCCAACAGUGCAGAGGGUGGUGGAAUGGACAACUCGCAGAAGAUCACCAUCACGGUCUGCGGCGAUGGAGGGUGCGGGAAGUCAUCGAUCACGCUGCGAUUGGUGCGCAGUCAGUGGACUCAUGAAUACGAUCCGACAAUCGAAGACUCCUACUCGGUGACGCGAACGAUCGAUGGCAUCACGUACUCCCUCCACCUCACCGACACAGCAGGUCAAGAGGAAUAUCGAGGAUUAUGGUCUGCGAGCAAUCUUGGCGCGGAUGCUUUCUUGCUUGUCUAUGACAUUACACGGGGAAGCUCGCUGCAGGGCCUCGAAUACUUUAACCAGAUGAUCGAGAUUGAGCGAGAAACACGCUUAGAACAGGGCCAAGUCCUGCCAGUAUGCAUCGUCGCUGGCAACAAGUGCGACUUGCAAGGGAUGCGACAAGUCGGCGCGAAAGAGGGGCUGGAGUGGGCGAAAACAAGAGGUUGCGGCUUUAUGGAAACCAGCGCGCGGGAGAUGGUGAACAUCGAAGAAACAUUCGCAUUACUUGUACGAAGAGUACGAGAUAUGCGCAGAGAUCAUGCUCGAGGCAUACAGCCUACGCUACCAAGCGCUGUGGCUCGGACGCAGCCUUUGGAUCCCCUGCCAGUAUCGAACGAGAAGGCCGAGUCAGUUGAGCCCGACACCUCCGCGCCAGAUACGCCACAAGAGAAACCGAAAAAGCGGAGCUUCUGGUCACAGCUGAGAUGUUGGUGAAUAUGUAUUGGUAUUUGGUUGGCCAUCUGAUUUUG